UUAGUACAAGACAAGCGAAUUGCGAAUGCGAUUGUUUUUAUUUUCAUUGGUUUAGAAAAAUGUUCGAUCUUAAUUCCUAGCGUAAAAUUUUAAAUUUUAAUGAUAAUGGAUUUUAUCCAAGAAGCUGUAUUUCUCGGAGUAGAUGUGCUACUGCUUGGAUUAUGCUUUAGGGAAUACUAUCAGUUUAAGCAAAUCAGUUCUGCAUUGAAAGAUGCCCCUCAAUUGGCGAUAGACGACUCACUAUCGGGCAAGUUGAGAAAGAAUGAUGGCAAAAUCAAGUAUGCCGUCAUACGGGGAACUGUCACUCCGAUUGGGAAUGCAUUGAAGAGUGUAAUGACCCCGUCGGUGACCGGUGUGUUACAAAUUAUGAAGCUCAAUGAACACCGGGUGGCACGCGGUUUUGCCGGAUUUUGGGCAGAACAGCGAAAAUUGAUUCAUAUCUCAUGUAACGAAGUACCGUUCAGUUUGAAUAACGGCAAACUUGGCGUGGAGAUAGUGGAUGGGUUAUCUGCCGAGAUUCUGGAUAUGGACACCGUUUAUGAUAACUAUGAACCAUCCAGUUUGUCUUUCUUCGACCAUAUGUUUGGAUUUUUUUCGGGAGUACGUCAAAAGGGGAUGCAAACGACGGAGGAAGUCCUUAGGGAGGGAAGCUUUAUUACGGCAGUGGGUGAGCUUGAAUUAGACGGGAAUAGCAUUAGACUGCAACCUUCCUCAGUGGCACCGAUGUUUCUUACAACGGCUACUAAGAAUACAUUACUAAAAAAGUUUGAAGAAGCUAAGUCAUCUAUGCUUUUUAAGGUGAUCAUAUGUGGAACCAUAUCAGCGGUGCUGGUAGGGUUAAUAACGAGGAAGAUCUGGAAGCGUAAGAAAAUGGAAUGGGAUGAGAGAAAUUUGAGGGAAAGGCUGGACAAAUCACGAGCACAACGAAGAGCGCUUGCACGGCAACAAGUGUUCAACGACGAACAGCGGUGCGUAGUUUGCGUUGAUAAUCCAAAGGAGGUGAUCUGCUUGCCUUGUGGACACGUUUGUCUUUGUGAGAAUUGCGCUGAAAAAAUCAAAUUGAACUGCCCCGUUUGUCGAUCGAAAAUUGAGUCAAAAGCAGCGGCAUUUAUAUCAUGAGGAUUUUGUAGGAUACCGGAAUGAAUGUUAGUCUGUUUCACAAAGGUCACAAUUUUACUAAGAAUAUGCACAACGCCUAAAGAUAAAACGUGGUGACACAACUUAAACUA